GAUCGCCUGGUACUGUUAACAAAUCGCAGUGUUUCUAUGCUGGCAAGUCACGCACAAGGGGAACACAUUAGUUGUCAAUCAUCUCAUCAGGUGGAGCUUCUAUGCAAAAUAGUUGUUUAUUCAGCGAAUUAGGUGAAGCCGAAGAAAGUGGUCCAGGUUGAACUGUGCAGGCCAGCUAAUACAGUACAUAUGGUCCAUGGACUCGGAUAAUGUCCAUAUGGUCCACGAAACGAAUGGAAUUUCCAUGGACUCGGACCAGUCAGGCCCACAAUUGUUGCGCUCAGCCCAACCGCGACAUCGCGAGACGCAAAACCGCCGGACGCGUGGGCCUGCACACGGAAUCUCGCCUGAUAUCAGGCCCAUCUCACGCGAUCCGGCCUACCUGGCUCGCCUCAACCGACGUAAAUUCCCGCACGCGCACAUGCUGCUCUAAAAACUCUUCCGCUCCAGAGGCUUCACAGCUUUCUCCUCCCGUAGAGCCAAGCCAACCAAGCGGGAGCAGCAUGGCUACGGCCACGUCGACGGCGACGAGCGUGGCGGCGGCGCUCCUCCUCUCGCUCCUCCUGGCGCGCGCGCGGGGCGACGACGACUACUCGGGGUUCGUGUACGCCGGGUGCUCGCAGGGGCGCUACGCCUCCGGCACGCAGUACGCGUCGGACGUCGACUCCGUGCUCACCUCCGUCGCCAACAGCGCGCCCUACUCCCCCUACGCCAACUUCACCUCGCCGACGUCGAACUCGGUGGUCGGCGUCUACCAGUGCCGCUCCGACCUCCCGGCCUCCGUUUGCACCGGCUGCGUCCGCUCCGCCAUCUCCAGGCUCUCCUCGCUCUGCGCCUGGGCCACCGGCGGCGCCGUGCAGCUGCGGGCCUGCUUCGUGCGCUACGGCAACGACACGUUCCUCGGGAAGCAGGACACGGCCGUGCUGUUCAAGAAGUGCGGCGGCUCGCCGGGGGACGCCGGCGGCGCCGCCAUGCGGGACUCGGCGCUCGGCGCGCUCGUGGCCGCCGCGGCGCCCGCCGGGGGAGGCUACCGCGCCGGCGGGUCCGGGGGCGUGCAGGCCAUGUCGCAGUGCGUGGGGGACCUCGGCGCCAAGGCCUGCUCCGACUGCGUCUCGGCCGCCGCCGGCCAGCUCAAGGCCGGCUGCGGCUACGCCACGGCCGGCGAGGUGUACCUCGGCAAGUGCUACGCGCGCUUCUGGGGGAACGGGGGCGGUGGAUUCAGCAGCGGCGCCGCCGGGGACGCGUACGGAUCUGGGCAUCGCGUGUCCGGCAACCGGUUCGUUCUCUCCGUCGCCGGCGGUUUCUUCACUUCCUUGGCCUAUAUAUUUGUACUCAUGUAGUUACUGAAUUACAGUUGCAGUAUGAUCAAUGAUCGUGAACUAGACUACUAGAGUGCCUGUGUCUGUGUGCUUUAUGCGUGGUAUGUAACCACUAAUCAGCAUAUCUGCAUAUGUGAUGCGAUGCAGGUUUACUCCUUGUGCUUGAACAAAUUAAACUUGAUGCUUUCUAACUUAAAUGGACUUCUUAUCAAGUUUGUAACUGUAAAUUUGAUAUUCUAAAAUUGCAGUUAUGUGUAGCUCCUCGUUCUAAAAUGA